GCUCCUUUUGUUUAAGUUGCCAGGUAGUUAUUAUCAAACUAUGUCGAGAAACAACGUCAGCAGUGUACGUCGGUGUAUGUCAGUAUAAAAUAAAACAUGUGGUUUAAAACGAAGGUUUAAACUCACGACUUCCUGUGUGACUCCCGAACACUUCAUGUCCCACAAUGCAUCGCGUUUGAAUGACUUUUGAACUCUGGAUAAAAACAAGCCGAUCAGCUGGUGUAAAAGCAACAACAUCUUCAGGAGUCUGACACGAAAUAGCUCCGCUAGCUAACUUUCUCACCAACGUUAGCCGUCCGUGGCGGUCGGCGCUAUGGUGCCGUGGUGUGUACGUGUCCAGUUUUAGACCGUGAUGAGGCAGCAUUUCGCUGAACGAGUCGUCGUCCGUCGGACUGGUAGCCGCUGCUAGCUCGGGUCACUCUGAGUCGUCCUGACCUGUCGGGGCUGAGAUGAGCGGUCAGGGUCCAGCUGGAGAUAAAGGAAUGAACGCGGCGGUCCUCGGCUGUCAGGAGAGCUACGCCUGCGGAGGUUCAGACGAGGCCGCGUUCGAGUGCGAUGAAUGCGGCAGUCUGCAGUGCGCCCGCUGCGAGCUGGAGCUCCACCGCCAGGAGCGGAUGAGGAACCACGACCGGGUUCGGAUCGCACCGGGACACGUUCCUUUCUGCGACUCGUGCAAGGGGGACAGCGGCGGCUCUGUCAACGGGGGACGCCUCAGAGCGGUGGUGCGCUGCCAGGGCUGCAAGAUCAACCUGUGUUUGGACUGCCAGAAGCGCACCCACAGCGGCAUCAACAAGAGGAAGCACCCUCUGACACCUUACCCACCUGCGAGGGCACCCCAGGAUAACAGCCUGACUGCCGGGGAGUCCCAGAUGGAGAUCCUGAAGGCCGAGCUGGAGAAGGUGUGCAGCUUCCUCCUGGUGGACGAGAGGGAGGAGAUGCAGGUGAAGGAUGAGGAGGACUUUGUGAGCAGACUGAGGUGCAGGCCGGACGAGCUCCUCAAGGUGGUCUCCAUCUUUGGGAACACCGGGGAGGGCAAGUCCCACACCCUGAACCACACGUUUUUCCUCGGACGAGAGGUGUUCAAGACCUCGCCCACUCAAGAGUCCUGCACCGUGGGUGUGUGGGCAGCAAUGGACCCCGUGCACCGGGUGGUAGUCAUCGACACAGAGGGACUGCUCGGGGCUGGUAAUGGGGCCAAUCAGGGUCAGAGAACCCGGCUGCUCCUCAAAGUCCUGGCUAUCUCCGAUGUGGUCAUCUACCGGACCCACGCCGACCGUCUCCACGACGAUCUCUUCAAGUUCCUCGGCGACGCAUCAGAUGCCUACCUGAAACAUUUCACCAAGGAGCUGAAGGCGACCACCACCCGCUGUGGUCUGGACGUCCCGUUGUCCACUCUGGGUCCUGGGGUGAUCAUCUUCCACGAGACCGUCCACACCAAGCUGCUCGGAUCAGACAAACCGACUGAAUCGGCAGAGCGUCUUCUCCAGGAGCGUUUCAGGAAGCUGGGUUUGUUCCCGGAGGCUUUCAGCUCCAUCCAGUAUCGGGGCACUCGGACCUACAACCCUCCCACAGACUUCAGCGGUCUGCUGCGCAGCCUGGAGCAACAGCUGGACAACAACACCACCCGCUCGCCACGCUCCGCCAGCGUCAUCUACAAGGCCCUGCAGGCCCUCAGCGAGAGCUUCAGUGGGGAUAUUCCAGACGAGCACAUGACCAGUAACUCAUUCUUUCCAGAUGAGUACUUUACCUGCUCCAGCCUUUGCCUCAGCUGUGGCUCGGGCUGUAAGAGAAGCAUGAAUCACCUGAAGGAAGAACUCGACCACGAAGCCAAACAUCGCUGCCGCUACUCUGCGCAGUAUGACAACCGCAUCUACACUUGCAAGGCCUGCUACGAGGGAGGGAAGGAGGUGGUAGUGGUUCCCAAAACGACGGCUUCGUCUGACUCACCGUGGUUUGGCCUGGCCAUCUACGCCUGGUCUGGGUAUGUGAUCGAGUGCCCCAACUGUGCAGUGAUCUACAGAAGCAGACAGUACUGGUACGGAAACCAGGACCCAGUGGAAACAGUGGUCAGAACAGAGAUCCAGCACAUCUGGCCUGGGUCUGACGGCUUUCUGAAAGACAACAACAACGCUGCCCAGAGGUUGCUGGAUGGAGUCAAAUACAUUUCUCAGUCCGUGUCUGAACUCAGCGUCAAGCCUGCCAAAGCUGUCACCUCCUGGCUCACCGACCAGAUCGCUCCCGCUUACUGGAAACCCAACUCCCUCAUCCUGAAAUGCCAUAAAUGUGCGGAAGAGUUCCAGCCCAACGACACCAAGCACCACUGCCGUGCCUGUGGGGAGGGCUUCUGCGACUCCUGCUCCUCAAAAACCAGGCCCGUCCCAGAGAGAGGCUGGGGCCUCGCACCUGUGCGGGUCUGCGACGCCUGUUUCCACAACAGGGAAAUCUCAACUGAGUUGCUGGAUGCUGCCUUAGAGGAGGAGGGAGGCACCCUGAUAGCCAGGAAGGUCGGGGAGGCGGUUCAGAACACAUUAGGAGCUGUGGUCGGUGCCAUCGACAUACCUCUCGGUCUGGUGAAGGAUGCAGCCCGCCCGGCUUACUGGGUCCCAGAUCAGGACAUCACCUCCUGCAGCGAGUGCCAGCGGGAGUUCGCCCCGCGUCUCUCCAUCCACCACUGUCGCGCCUGUGGCCAGGGCGUGUGUGACGACUGCUCUCAGGAGCGGCGCCCGGUGCCCUCCCGCGGUUGGGACCACCCGGUGAGGGUCUGCAACGGCUGCAGUCAGAAACCCGGGGAGCUCUAGCAGGACGAGGGGGGCAGGAGUCAGGGGGUGGGAAAACGGUGAAGGAUUGCCACCUCUACAAAUACUGGAACUGAUGUUUUGACUGAAAGGCUUCCGGUCCCUGUUGUCUUUUUUUAGUGGCAUUUUUUUGGUCGCCACCAGACUGUCUGUGGCAGGUCGGACUCAGUUUAUUUGUUUUUUCAACGCUGUCCCCACGUCACUUCAGUCCCAUGACGCUAUUUCACUUUAAUAUGCCUAUAUUUUACACUGUGAAUACCGGUCAGCGCGAGACUUGAAUAUCAACAUACAGUAGGGAGGAGAGAUGAGACAACUUGACAACAUUUUUAUCAAAGUGAGUAUUGUGUAAGCUUGCUAACGAUUGAGUUCAGGUAAACUAUGAUGUUCCUUUUUUUUUUUUUUUUUUUGCUCCUUUAACGUUUGUAUCGCUGCACAUGGAACCCCGAUCCCCUUUGACAAUCCCCAGUGUUACACACUAGUAAUAUUAGCACCUUUUGUAGUCUGGGGCUACAUGCAUAAACCUUAUAUUAAUAGAAGUACUGAGCAUCUUAAACCAAUAUCCAGGUAAGCACUUUUUAUUCUAAAAGAUUGUCUCUGCAGGAGCCCUGGAUACAGAGUUCACAGCUGGCUUUAGAGGAAACCCGAAGAAAAAAAAAAAAAAGCUGCUGCUUGUUUGAAUGUGUACAGUCAUCUUCCUCUGCUUCAGCCCUGCAAGCUCCAGCUUCCCUGCCUCUCUUUGGCUCCAGGAGGAUUCAAACUAUCAGAAGCCAGUGAAGUACUGUAGCACAGAGAUGCAUUCCGACUUCCAACUGUAAUUGCUUAGUAAUACCUACUUAGAUAAUCCCUUAAUCCUUAGUGGUUGUUUGUGCAUUUGAAUGGGCAGCCAUUAAUAUAGCAGCCUUAACAAUGCUGUCCACGUGCACUGUUUAAAUUUUACAUAGAAUAUACAUAUAUGGGGGAAAAAAAAAGUUUACUUUAUUAUUAGGGAAAUUUUUAAAUGGCCUCGUUUUUUGUUUUUGAAAAUGUCAAAACUACUAUCAAGAUAAAAGUGAGUGCAGUGGGAGGAAAUGCAACAAACUGCUUUUUAUAGAGUGGCUGGCUCACAGUAGCAAUACGAUGUAGAAAAAGAAGAAUUCAAAACCAUCUUUUGAGGCUGGCCCCUCAAAACAUCAGAAGAGUAAUCCAUUACUCUUGUCUACUCAGGCUGUGUAGCUAGUUAGCUAGGAGCACCAAGUGAGCAACACUUAGAGGUUGCCUUCGUUGCAACAAGACGCAGUACGGCUUUCAAAUGAUCGCGCAGGCAUCGUGGGAUCUGACUGCAGCGACGGGUAACCUGGGAUUUUAUUUUAUUUUAUUUUGUGAUGACUGACUGGAAGAAUUUGUCGACAAAUAAGCUGACACAAACGCGUUGACCCGAGUCAUCACUGUCCCCAUUUCAGAGGGAGACGUUCAAUGAAUAUCACAAGGAACAAAUCAGUACUUUUAUGUUCAUGUAUGCUCAUACAGUAUGUAUUAAACUGCAGAAACUCAA